AUCUCCAAAGCAGCCUUCCUUCCUGCAAAACAAUUCAUGCGUGCUAGGGUGUAUCGGAAGCGCGUUGCGAGAGCAGCGUAGGUCGUCAGGGUCGAUUUUGUCAAGUGCAAAACAAUGUCCUCAUUCGUCGUGCAUUCCGGCCAUGUCCACUCGGUGGCGCUUUCCCUCCGCUCCCCAUUCCUCCCACCCUCCCUUCCUCGAAACCCCGCGAGUGUCACAUCCGCGUCUUCGACUCUUUUAAUCAACAAAACGUCUCAGCCACCCAAGGCCGUCUCCACUCCGAUUCGUCCAGCUCAGAUUCCUCGCGGAGUGUACCCCGCAGAUUCUUCCCCCUCACCCUCUAGUCUCCGCGUCUCCGUUCCGCGGAUCCCAUACACCCCGCGCAAUGCUUCCGCGCGGAUUCCCUCCGCCGCGCGCAAUGGAUCCACGCGGAUCGCCGCGGUCGCGGGAGCGGAGAGCGGACUAGCGGAAGGCGGAGCGGCGGAGCAGGAUGAAGCGCUGGAGGGGGAGGUGGAGGGGGAGGGGGAAGCGGAAGCAUUGGCGCAGUGGGGAGCGGUGGGGGACGAAGAAGCGCUCGCGGCUGCAGCAGCUUCGGCCUUGAUCGACGGUAGCGGCGACGCCAUUGCAGGAAUUCCCUUCUUCGAGUGGCUCAGUCUGCGCAAGCCAGCGCGGUACCUGGGCAAGGAGCACGGCGCCAUCCGCAAGGACUGGGGCAGCGCGCGAGUGCGCUUCUGCCUCACGUACCCCGAGGUCUACGAGGUUGGAGCCAGCAAUCUAGGUCACAUCAUUCUGUACACGGUGUUGAAUCAAGCCGAGGGCGUUAUGUGCGAUAGAGCGUAUUUCGUGGACGAGGAUAUGAGCCAGUGCCUCAAGAAGUACAACAAGUCCCUUUUCGCGGUGGAGUCUCAGCGCCCCCUCUCCGAUUUUGACACCCUCGGCUUCAGCCUCAGCUACGAGCUGGGGGCGACCAACAUUCUGCAGAUGCUGCAGGAGUCGGGCAUCCCCAUAUCGUGGCAGGAGAGGAUGGAUGCCGACACCGCCAGGCACGGGGGGGAUGCGGCAGCGCCCUGGGAUGUGACCAACGGCAGCAUGCCGCUCGCCUUCGCAGGCGGCCCCACCGCCACAUCUAACCCCGAGCCCUUCUCAGACUUCUUUGACUUCUUUGCUAUUGGCGAUGGCGAGGAGUGUCUGGUGGAGAUAGCUCAGUGCCUGGACACGUGCAAGCAGCGCCGCCUGUCCCGCUACGACACGCUCUUGGAGCUGGCACGCUCUGUCAAGGGGGUGUAUGUGCCGCAGCUGUACGAGACAGUGCCAGGGUGGGGCGCCGCAGUGCUGCCUAAGGUGGAAGGGGUGCCGUCUCGCGUGCUCAGACGCGUGGCCACUCCCAACCCUCUGGACCACAUUGGUCUAGUGCCACUCACCUCCACUGUUCACGACCGUUUGACGGUGGAGAUUCGCCGAGGGUGCACCCGCGGCUGCCGAUUCUGCCAGCCUGGCAUGCUGACUAGGCCAGCUCGUGACGUGGAUCCUGACAAGGUGGUGGAGGCGGUGGAAGCAGGCAUGAGGAAGACGGGCUAUACGGAGUUCUCCCUUCUCUCCCUCAGCUGCUCCGACUACCUGGCGCUCCCCUCGGUCGGCAUUCAGAUCAAGAACCGCCUCAAGGAGCAGCCCAUCUCGCUGUCCCUGCCCAGCCAGCGGGUGGACCGUUUCAACGAUGACAUCGCCAACAUCAUUGGCGGCACUCGCAAGGGUUCGCUCACCUUUGCCCCUGAAGCAGGCACGCAGAGGCUGAGAGAUGUCAUCAAUAAGGGCCUGACGGACGAGGAGCUGCUGCGGGGGAUUAAGGCGGCGUGGGACAAGGGUUGGCGGCAGGUGAAGCUCUACUUCAUGAUCGGGCUGCCGGGGGAGACGGACGAGGACGUCAUGGGCAUCCCCAAAACCAUCAGGUGGCUGCAGCAGAACUGUCGCCGUGGCCGCAACUUCCUCGGUGUGCGCCUCACCAUCUCCAAUUUCACUCCCAAGCCGCACACGCCCUUCCAGUGGCACACUGUGUCGACAGCGGAGUUCACGCGCAAGCAGCGUAUGCUCAGGGACGCGUUUGUGCGUAUGCCAGGGGUCAAGUGGAACUUCGGGGACGUGCGGCUCUCAGCCAUGGAGGACUUUAUUGGGCGUGGCGACCGCAGCAUUGGGCGGGUGAUUCGGCGCGCGUGGGAGCUGGGCGCCUCCAAUGACGCGUGGUGGGUGAAUCUGGACCGCUGCUACAGCUGCUGGUCGCAGGCCAUAGACGAGUGCGGGCUGGAGUGGAAGUACCGACGGGUGGUGGACGGCGAGUGGGACGUGAUGGAGAAGAUCGGCGACGACCGCUUCAGAGGGCAGGGCGGCAAGUCUCGUCUCGACGUGGGGCCGCUUGCGGAUGCCAGGCUGGAUGCCCCCCUGCCAUGGGACAUCAUCAAUACGGGCAUAGAGCGCUGGUGGCUAAAGGCAGACCUGCAGCGGGCAUUGGAGGCCACCACUGUGCCUGACUGCUCGCACAGCAACGUGUGUUCCAAGUGCGGUGUGUGCGAGGAAGACUUUGGAGAAAACGUGGUGGCUGCCAUCCCCCCUGUGCCGGAUUACGAUGGGGAGUUCAAGCCCAACCGGAAGAGAGUGCAGCGUGUGCGGGUGCGGUUUGCGAAGAUCGGAGCCAUGACGCUAGUGGGCCAUCUCGACACCGUGGCUCUACUUGACAGGGCCCUCCGACGUGCCGCCCUCCCCGUCUGCUUCGACAACGGCUUCCACUCCCUCCCGCGCAUCUCCUGCGCUGCACCACUGCCUCUGGGCCACAGCAGCUCCUGCGAGCUAGUGGACGUUGAGUUCACUCAGAAGCUCUCUGUGGCCGAUGCCAAGAGGAAGCUCCAGGAACAGCUGCCCGACGAGCUGCCCGUGCUGGAGGCCUGGGAGGAGCCAAUUUUCCGGGCUGACAAAAAGAACACAGAUACUCUCACAAAGCAACUCCAUGCCAUCGAAUACUUGCUGCUGAUUAGAGUGGUCACGGAGGGGGCACAGGGGGUGGGCAACACAGCUAGUGAGACAGCAUCAGAGGGAGCAGCAGCAGCAUCAGGAGCACAAGGAGCAGGAGCAGUCGUAGAAGCAAGGAGCUUGCAGGAGCAAGUGGAGGAGUGGGUGGCGCAAGUGCUAUCCCUCCCGUCCUUCACAGUCACCUUGCAGAAGAAGCAGGGCGCCAAGCCCAAGGAGACUGAUCUAAGAGCGCGGCUGCACAAACUGCGAGUGGUGCCGCAGGGCAGCGCCCUCCCAUCCGCCAUGUGCCUCAGCUGCAACGACGCUGCUGCCUUUGCUGCUUCCACCCCUGGAACCAGCAGCAGCAGUGUGGUGGUGUCGUAUGUGGGGCAGCACACCACAGAUGGCGGCACCCUGCGGCCAGAAGGAGUCCUCACUAUGCUUUCCCAGGUGUCUGGCCGCACCAUCCAUCUCGUUCACGCGCAUAGGGCAAAGCUUCAUCUCUCACCUCCCUCCCAGCCUAAGAUUGACUUUGCCAAGUUGCGGUCCAUAGGCAACGACGAGACCUUCAGGUCCCUGUACCGCCGCUUUGAUGGCACCAGUCUUCUCAACGACACCCAGCCACACUCCCAACGUGACGCUAUUGAGAGCGCCCGCCGUGCGGCUCUAGGUGGGGCACAAUGAGUAGAUCACAUCAUCACACGUAACCAUUGUGCUCUAAAUGACAACACAAUCUGGAAGUGAAUUCAUAUGCACGUUUAGUCUAUUGAUUACCUCUUACAAAGUGCCCAUUUCUUGUGUGGUACCGGUAUCAGGAGUGCUAAUAUUCCCACAACUUG